AUGGGUAAUGAUGGAGGAAGUAUCCCUGACCGUCGCGACUUGGUUCGCACAAAAGCCAAGGCGGAGCAAGCAGACAAGAAUAACCUGAUACUCGCCGCUUGGUUCUUUUGUGCCCUUUCAAAGCGCCCGCUCCAAGAACCCAUCGUGUCAUGCGUACUCGGAAAGCUGUACAACAAGGAUGCGAUGAUCGAGUUCCUGCUGGACAGGACGUCUUAUGGUGACGGUGAGGAGAUCUGCGGCCAUGUAAAGUCGCUAAAAGAUGUCAAGCAACUCAAACUCACGCCCAACCCGGCGGCGUCGGCUACCCAGGAAUCAGACAAACCCAAAUCUGCCUUUGUCUGUCCAUUAACCCUAAAAGAAAUGUCAGGCUCGCUUCCCUUUUCGUACCUCGCCCCGUGUGGAUGCGUCUUCAGUACGGCCGGCCUCAAAGCAGUCUCUAAACCUUCAGAGGACAAGGAAAAGACCGAGGGGGCGACCGAGAAAGAACCCUGCCCACAAUGUGGGAAGAAGUUUACGAACAAGAGCGCGGCUGUUGGCGGAGAUAUUCGAACGAUCAACCCCGAACCGGAAGAGGCCCAGAAGAUGCUUGAAUUUGCUCCCACCAAAGCGAUGAAAAAGCGCAAAGCAGCGCCUGUGGCGGAUGGCGAGACUGACGAGACCAAGGAAAAGUCGAAAAAGACCAAGACGGAGGCUGGAUCGAUCAAUGCUUCCAUGGGUAUCACGCGUGCGAUAGCGAAUGAGCUGGCAGCCGCUGAAAAGGCCCGGAAAGCGACGAUGAGCAACGCCGUGCAGAGCUUGUAUCAAGGCAAAGGCGGAGUUGAUGGAAAGGGAUCUAAAGAGACCUUCUUGACUCGGGGAACUUUUACCAGAUAUGCCUGA